CGUUCGUUCGCUCGUUCGUUCGUUCGUUCGUUCGUUCGUUCGCUCGCUCGCUGCUGUACAGAGGCGAGUAGAAGCGAGUCGGCAGGAGUGGACGUCGUCAGUCGACUGCGCGGUUCCGUGGUGCUGCGGUGGUUACAUCCUCGUUACUGCUGCUGCUGCUGCUGCUGUUGCCGUUGCAAGUGUGCUCUUUUACCUGUCGAUCACGCGCCUCCGCGACGACGGGUCUCUCUCGACGGUCGCGUAACACAAACAUCCGGUCGGUGGCUACGAAAAUGGCCGCGUGCUGAGCGACAGGGAGAGUUCCACGACGAAGCGUGAUCUCCUGUUGGCGACUGCUGAGAGUGUCCGGCCGAGCUCGCGCAGUGCUGGUCUCGCGAGGAUUUAUUCCCGACGAUGACGUCGCCGUGCGGAUUCCAGGGCUAGGAACCGCCCUGAGUAGAAGCUGUUGAGUGCGCGCGGUAACCCCCGAAGGAACGUCGAAGAGGAGCGAAGGCGAGCCAGAUCAGCCGCGCCGCGGAGCGGGCAGGAGCGACUGGACGCCCAUGCCGGGCGACGGCAGGACGACUCAGCAGGAGGGUAUCAGGAGCGCGAGAGGAAAAGCCGCCGCUGGAGAAGGCGGAAACGCGUGCUGAAGGACGUCGUCCUUUCCGAGCGAGCGCAGAGGCUAUUUGCUGUAAAGACACGCAAUCACGGAAGAAAGGAGGAUGUCGCGGAGAACGGAUCGACCGACGUCAUCCUUGACGCUGCUGCUGCUGCUGCUGAUGGCGAUGUCCUGGAGGACGACGCGCGCUCAUGUGGCGCUUACGUUCCCGCAAGCCAGGCAGUAUGACCUGGACUUUCUGGAUAACGCCAGGACCCCGGCACCGUGCGGUAUGCCGCGAGGCAGCGUCAAGACGUCGUUACAGGCAGGAAGCGAUUUCAACGUCACGUGGCACCUCGCCUAUCCUCACAGGGGUGGCUUCCGGCUUCAGAUCUUAGACGCUCUCGACAGGCCUCUGAUCGAUCUGACGCCCGUCACGCGAAACAGCGAAUUUGUCGAAGAUGAUGCUACUGCGCAAAGUUACGCCGUGCAGCUGCCGCAUAAUUUCACCUGCACCGACUGCACCAUUAGACUGCUGCGGGAGGCCGAGGAAUGGGGCUCCAACUACAGAUUUUGGUCGUGCGCGGACAUCGACAUCGUCGACAAGAAGGCUUACCACGAGGACUGCAACGGUCACGGACGUUACCUGGUGAGCAGGUGCAGAUGCGACCGACUCUAUCACGGCACGAGGUGCGAAUUUAAGGAGGAGUGCCUGGACAACUCGGACUGCGGUAUUCAGGGCACGUGUGUCGACAACGGCGGCACGACCGCGCCUACCAAGCACUGCUACUGCAACAACGGCUGGUUCGGCCCGAGUUGCUCGAAAAGAUCACCGGUGGAGACUGUCGACGUGGACCAAGACGGGUACACGAUGAAGCGCUUCUCCGACGACGUCGUCUUCUACUGGAGGAUCCUGAAAGACAGCAAGGAACUGGAAGGCGUUCUCGUCGCCAACUCGACUACCUGGAUCGCGAUCGGAUGGAGGCCCAGCGACCUGGGCCCGACCUGCCGCUCCUUCCCGAAGAUCGAAGAUCGUCCGAAGGACGAGCCGCUGCCGCAACCAGAGCCGAAACUGGAGCCGGUUGCGGAACCGAGAUCGACGCCCAAGUCGGAGCCCCGCGCGGAACCGAAACCGGAACCAGAACCGAACGCCGAGCCCGGCUUGGAAGCCGAGAAAUCGGGAGCGAAGAGAAGAUCGGCCAAGGCGGACACCGCGACGUUCGGCUUGACGUCGCGACCGGACGUCGACGUCACUGUGCAGACCAGCGUGACUUACCAAGUCAGCACGAAGCAAGGUCGCCGACGACGAUCUCCAGAACCGACCCCGAUCUCCGCGAACGGAAAACCGGUCGUCGAGUCCAGCAUUCACGUCGAGCAAGAACCGAAAUCCGAACCAGAGCCAAAAUCCGAGCCGGAACCCACCUCUGAGCCAGAACCGAGCUCUGAACCAGAGCCCACUUCUGAGCCAGAACCUAGGUCUGAGCCACCACCUAGAUCUGAGCCACCACCUAAGUCUGGGCCACCACCUAGGUCUGAGCCACUACCUAGGUCUGAGCCGGAACCUAGAUCUGAACCAGAACCUAGGUCUGAGCCGGAACCUAGAUCUGAGCCAGAACCUAGGUCUGAGCCGGAGCCAGUAUCUGAGCCAGAGCCAAAAUCCGAGCCAGAACCGAGCUCGGAACCGGAACCGAAUUCCGAGCCAGAGCCAAGCUCUGAGCCAGAGCCAAAUUCUGAGCCAGAGCCAAAAUCCGAGCCAGAACCCACCUCUGAACCAGAACCAAAGUCCGAGCCUGAACCCACCUCUGAGCCGGAACCGAAAUCCGAGCCUGAGCCCAGCUCUGAACCAGAACCGAAAUCCGAGCCGGAACCCAGUUCUGAACCAGAACCAAAGUCCGAGCCGGAACCUAGUUCUAAGCCAGAGCCAAACUCUGAACCAGAACCCAGCUCGGAACCGGAGCCAAGUGUGGGUCCGAAAUCGGGAGCGACGAAAGCGUCGUUACCAGCGCCGGGGCACAAGUACACGCCUAAGCACGACUUCAAUCCUAUGGACUGCACGGACAUCAUCAUCGGGAUGGCGCGUGGGACGAAGUACAAGAUCGGCGAUUAUUACACGAGGGACAGGUCGACGCCCCGUAAGGACGAAUACUGGGGCGGUAGGGACAGCCUGACGGCCGCGAUCGGCUACGAACACGACGGCGUCACGACGAUGCUCUUCCGCAGGAAAUUGGCCGCGAACGAGCCGACUGAUCACGAAAUCGUCGACGGCAAUAUGCAGGUGAUUUGGGCGAGAGGUCAAGAGCCCGGCAAAUACGUGCACCAGCCAGCCAGCGGCAUCGAAAAGGCCAAGGUCGGCGUCAAAGACUUCUACAAGGUCGACGAGCUCAAAUAUCACGGGCAUGGCAUGCAGCGAGGCGCGGUGACGAUGAAUUUCUUCGACGAGGCUAAAAAGCCGGAAUUCGCCGGAGGUGCAAAGUUAGAAGACGGUAGCUGCGGCGGCCAGUGGCGUUACCCGAAAAAUUGCUCGCCGGAGAAUGGCACUUGCGAAUAUACCAUACAAUGGACGUACAAGGGUAGAAAGGAUCUCAUAACGUUCGUCAUUUCCACGACGAAUAUCAACACGUGGACAGGAGUUGGAUUUUCCGACGACGACAGCAUGUCGCAGACCGAUGCAGUGCUCGGCUGGGUCGACAAGAACACCGGUCGAGCCUUCCUGAUGGACACUUGGAUCAGCGGCUAUAAUGCGCCAUUGUUAGAUCCUUCGCAGGACGUUUACAAUAUCAGUGGCCGUAUCGAGAACGGCGUGACUACUCUCAAAUUUACGAGGAAGCGCGUGACAAAGGACAGCAGGGACCUUUCAUUCACGGAUGAUCACUGCCUAUAUAUGAUGUUCCCGGUAAAGGGCGGCACAUUCAAUCCGAUCAAUAAGAAGAUCCGAAAGCACGACGCGAAACCGGUUGUUUCGUCGAACAGAAUAUGCAUCAAGUCCUGCGGCUUGGAAGAAACUGAAGAGCAGAGUACGCCCGCGCCACCCAGAUUGCAUUACGAUAUCGAAGUCAAGCUCGUGAAUUUAGGCGACGGAUUUAAGGUUCCUAUACCCAGCAGUUCCGACUUCGAAUUGAUCUCGAACAGGAUAUCGGAGAGCUUCGGACCGGUCUUCGAGAAGCUCCCAGGCUAUUAUCAAGUGCGACUUGACGAGCUACGAAAGGAAGAGCAAGGAGUGAUAGCGCGCAUGAACCUAAUCCUCGAUAAGAACGAGGCCAAGGGAAGAUCCUUGAAACCCGCGGACACCGGAAUCGAAGCGGAAAAGGCAUUGCGCGAGGCGCUCGUGACCGGCAAGGUCGGAGCACUCAGCGUCGAUCCGCAGUACUUGGUGAUCAGAGCACCUCGAGUGAACGAGAUAGACGUGGACGAUGAGUACGACUUACCGUCUUCCUCGGACUUAUUCCCGGGCGCGACGAAGCUUUACAUCGUGGUCGGCUGCGUGGCAGCGUUGCUGGCCCUCGCGUUGCUGCAGGCCACCUGCACCCUCUACAGGAGCUCGAAAAGGCGAGCGACCAAGGAGCGUUUGAUCGCCAGCAACGCCUGGAAGGACUAUGCAUCGGGUGCAAACACGAACUUCGCGUUCGAGGCGUUCGAGACGGAGGAGAAAGCGCCGCCGCCGCCGGUCUCCAGUCUGCCGCGGCCCAGAGAGCUGGCCGGUAACGGCACGAGCGGCAUGAACGGUACCGACGCUGUCGAUGCGCCAAACAGGAUGGUCGGCCCCAGAGCGACCUACAGUCUGCCUCGUGCACCCGGCGCCAGGCACUCCGCGCCCAUUCAGCCUGGCUAUUACACUCAAGAUCGCCGGGAUCAUUACCAGCGUGCCAAGAGCCUGCACAAUCCGACGGGUGCUGCGGCACAGGCGAACCAACCGGACUUCUACUUUAUGCCGAGCCAGCGGAAGUACAGCGGCGAGGUCGUGCGUGUUUACGUGGACUACGGCAGCCAGAUGCCGAAGUAAGGCCUGAGGAACGUCUUUGAUCGGACCCUUCCUCUCGAUGAAAUCAUGAGAGAGAAAGGGAGAGGGAGAGGGAGAGAGAGAGGGAGAGAGAGAGAGAGAGAGAGAGAGAGAGAGAGAGAGAGAGAGAGAAGAGAGAAAAGAUCGACCUUGCCCGCUCCCACCGAGGCGGACGACCUGUACAUACCUUGUUAGUGACAGAGGACGCGAGCAGAACACGAAACUCGUGGUCCCUGCGGUGCUAUCUCUAUUUUUUUCCCCCCUUUUCCCACAUGACUUCUCUCUCCCGGCGGAGAGCCGCUCGGUCGAGCGCCAGCACCGAGAGGGAAGUCCCUGUAUGGAAGCGUACAAGUGGCGCUUACGACCAAAGAAGUAAUCCAUAGGACGCGCGCGACGCAACACGCGGUUCUGUACAGAGUGCGCGAACUCAACUUCGUCGAACUUGCGUGCUUUUGUGGUGUAAUUCGUGUAAUCGCGGAUGAUCUAAGGAGAAUUUUUGAGUUCGAAUAUCUCACGAGAGUCUGAAAGAAGCAGAUGGUCUCAACAGCGAAUAUCGACAAGCCAUGGUGGGCCAUAUAACUCGAGGACUUUGGAACAAGAAAGGAUCUAAUGAUCCCAGAUAUUUACCGGUUCAAAGAUGGGAAAAUAUGCGUGCCUAGAAUUAUGUCGCUCGACGAAUACGCGCAUCUAUCGAAUACGCCCAACAAGUGCAUCUACUUAAGAGCAAGCAUGGACGUUUGAGCAAUAAAACAUUUGUACAUUUUUCAACAGA